AAAAAAAAAAAAAAAACAAGAACGGUAUUGCUAUUCAUUCACACCCAUUCAUAUCUCCAGCUCCUUAUCAAUAACAAAUUAAUCAGACUACGAAAGCAUGCCUCCUCCUUCAGCUGUGCAAGUUUCUUCCACAAGUUCAACCAAUUCCAACCCCACAUGCUAUCCUACUGCACACCGAGCCAUAGAUAAUUCUGUUCAUAGCAGUAGUAGUGGCGCUAAUAGAAACAGUCAUAGAAACAGCCAAAGAAACAGUAUUUCUGGCACAACCAUAGCUACUUCUCCUUCUACCACGACUACAACGGCUGCCCAUACAUCAUCUUCUUCCUCUACUACUGUUACUGCUACCACUGCAACUACGACUAGCUCUUCACCAACCUCUCCUGCAGCUGCACUGUCAUUUGCGGAUCGUAUCCGGGCAGCAGAGCAUCGAUUCACGACCCUGACACAGAACAUUGCACACUUCAGCCCCCUCAAAAAUCAACUUGAUAAACACAACCUGGCGAUCGAACGGCUCGAAAAUGAAAUCAAGAAAAAAGCGGCGCUUUUGCAAGCAUGUCAGGAUAAAAUUAAAUCGAUCUCAAAACGUCCACAGACCUCAUCUCGACAAGGAAGUAAUGUCAGUUUACAUACUUCGGAGGAUGGACAAAUGAGGGUAUUGUUGGCACAACAGCAAUCUGCACGAGAGGUUGUGGAAUCCCUUAAUGGCCAGCUUCUUGCUGCCAAGAUCUUGAUAUUUUCCGGAUCGACACCCGAACAUCCUGUUGAAGAUACAAUGAAACGUGAAUUAGAGCAGAUCACAGCCGAGAUUCAACAAGUCAAAGACGACUUUGAGAGACAUCGAUCUGCUAAAAGCGAAUUCAAGGAGAUCAGACGAUAUGUUGAUAUCUGGAAUGACACUGUCGAGAAGCAGAUUGCCUCUAAUCCUAAAGACGUUACAAAGUCGCUCAAAAAGUUUGUUCCGUUUUUUGGUCCCAGUAAGUGAAAGCACAAAGCACGUGGCGCUUUUCUUCUUUUCUUUUCGUUUUCUUCCACUUUCUUUUCCAAGAUAGACCCCCCAAAACUCUAUUUGAAACUAACUCUUUC